AUGGUCCCGGCAAACAACAUUGCCUAUACGGCUCCCAUCAACCCACCGGGAGAAACCCCACUUUCCCACGCCCAAGUAUGGGCUGGCCUUCUUCUGAAAAUCCGCUCCGCUGAAAGCUUCGUGUCGGGAGCUAUUUCGAAAACGGAGGUGUUGAGCGAAACGGUCGAUCCAUCAUCGGGAAAUAAAGUGACUGUGCGUGACGUGUUGUUCCGCGAAUCCGGCAAGAAAGUCCAGGAAACCGUUACAGCAUAUGAGCCCACCCGUGUGGAAUUUGUGCAAGCUGGAGGCAAUAUUAGCAACAUCAUCAGUGAGGGGGGUAACGGGGAGCUUUAUAUGACUUAUAUCUUUGAAUGGAAACAUCCUGGCGCGUCGAAGGAAGAGAUGGCGGAUUUCUUGGUGAAGGAGAAGAAUAUGGGAAAAACCGCGGUUGAAGGGACGCUUAAGGUUUUGCGUCAAAUGGUUGCGGAUCAGAAACUUUGA